AUGUGCGCUCGCUACGAAAAAGCCCUCGACUCCUUCCUCUCCACUCCAACCACUGCAAAUGCUGCAACCGCUGCAACCACACCAGCCUUGGAGCCAGCAGCGGCUUGUGAGCCAGACCUGCUGUUCGUGUUUGCACGCAAGAAGCAGACGCCACUCGAAUCAGGCGCAUCGGGGGAGCCCAGAUCUCGAGUCACAUCCCAGCCCCCGUGGCUGCAGUGGACGCUCGUCGCCCAGCUCGCCCUGCCGCCUCUCACCCUCGCCACCGCCAUUCACGACGCUGCAACCACAGCAGCUACCACAGCUGCUCAACUGACAGACCACACAGGAGCUCUCAGUGAUGCUGCUGGUGACACAGCAGGGGUUCUUGAAGAAGCAAAUACAGCCAGAGAAGCAGAUUCUGCUGCAGGGACGGUGGAUGAUGCUGGGAGAUCUACUCGUGAGACUGUUUUUGAGUCGUUUAAAAAACCGGCGGAUACUGCUGGGAGAUCUACUCCUGAUGCUCCUGCAAACCCAGCAGAAGUCUGGUUUUCAAGCCAGAAAAUGCAUGAGCACGUGCAGAGGAAUUUUGAGGCGCCUCAAAAGUCAGCAGUCGCUUCAGACCCAGCAGGAGUGUGGUUGACAAGCCAGAAAAUCGAUGAGCACGUGCAGAGGUGGCUGAUGGGACGGCUACCCAAGAGGGCGUGGAGUGAUGUGGCUCAGUGCGUUGCCUGGUACCGACCAGACCUGGUGUUUACCCGCCAUCCAGCUUUUGAGUCACACGUGCUUGUGAGCAACCUGAAGCAGGCGCUUGGUUUGCCAGCUACAGCCACGCGUGCUGCUGUGCUGGCAGCGUACGAGGCCGCCACGUGGCGGCAGCAGGCUUCCAUCCUGCGCCACGUGGCACGCCUCCAGCUCAGCGCUGACUGGGAUGUGCUGGGCCUGUCUGCUGCUUCAACAGGAGGAUACAUUGUGGCAGGCGAUGGUGACAAUAGGAGCGGUGACAAAAGCGAUGGUGAUAGUAAUGAAGAUGAAUGGGGAGAGCAGGAUCAGACGGAGGAGGAUGAAGAGGACGAGGGAGAGAGCGGAGAGGAGGGAGAGGGUGAAGAGAAGGGAGAAGAGAGGAAUUCAGAAGCGGAGGAGGGGGAGGAGGAAGAUGAGGAUUUGGUGUGGUCCGAAGCUGAAGAGCAGAGGGCGCUAGCACGGGAUGAAGAGCUGAUGAAGCAGCAAGAGCGGCAAGAAAUGACAGGACAGGGACUGCUGAGUGAAGGUUUAACUGGUGGAGGCGACAUUGAUGUUCUUCCAUUUGGUAGCGCUGCUGGUGCUUCAGCUUCUGCUGUGGUCAGUGAGGAGGAUGACAAGGGUUUGAUUAGUGACGGGGGUGGUGACGAGUUGUCUGUAAUGGAGCAGACUUUAGUGAGGAAAAAGGAAGAGGCCGCUGGGGAGGUGAAGGCAGCUGUGGGCCCGUUUAAUUCGGUCAGGCUGAUUGGAGAGCUGACGCUACUGUAUGCUUUUGAGACUGGAGAGGAGACAUUUUGA